AUGAAAAACGGAUUUUCAUGUAUCGCCCUGGCGAUGUUGUUAGCUGUGUCAGCAGCUGAAUCAAAUGGCGGGAGAAUGGAUGACGUGGGUACUGUGAUUGGAAUUGACCUGGGAACCACAUACUCUUGUGUUGGAGUGUUUAAGAACGGAGGAGUGGAAAUCAUUGCUAACGACCAGGGAAACCGUAUCACACCCUCCUAUGUAGCCUUCACAAGUGAAGGCGAGCGUCUUAUUGGAGAUGCUGCCAAGAAUCAGCUGACCAGCAAUCCUGAAAAUACCAUCUUUGAUGUCAAGCGUAUGAUUGGUCGUACCUGGGAUGACAAAUCUGUGCAAAGCGACAUAAAGUUAUAUCCAUUUCAUGUCUUAAAUAAGGGUAACAAACCCCAUUUCCAAACUUCCGUGGCUGAUGUGGAAAAGACGUUUGCCCCAGAAGAAGUAUCAGCAAUGGUUUUGUCUAAAAUGAAGGAGAUAGCGGAGAGUUACCUUGGAGAGACUGUACACAACGCCGUGGUCACAGUGCCGGCCUAUUUCAAUGAUGCUCAGAGACAAGCCACGAAGGACGCUGGUGUCAUAGCAGGGCUCAAUGUCAUGAGGAUCAUCAACGAACCAACUGCUGCAGCUAUCGCCUACGGUCUGGAUAAGCAGGACUCGGAGAAAAACAUCUUGGUUUUCGACCUUGGAGGUGGCACGUUUGAUGUAUCUGUCCUGACCAUAGACCAAGGUGUGUUCGAGGUCUUGUCUACGAAUGGCGACACUCACCUGGGCGGAGAGGACUUUGAUCUCCGCGUGAUGGAACAUUUCUUCAAGGUAAUCAAGAAGAAGACAGGUAAAGACAUUAGGAAGGACCCAAGAGCCGUGCAGAAACUACGUCGUGAAGUGGAGAAGGCCAAGCGAGUUUUGUCUUCCCAACAUCAGACUAGAAUUGAGAUCGAAUCACUUUUUGAUGGAGAAGACUUUUCCGAGACUCUCACCAGGGCCAAGUUUGAGGAACUGAACAUGGAUUUGUUUCGAAACACGCUAAAGCCAGUAAAAAUGGCUCUAAAGGACGCUAAUUUGGAAAAGAACGAAAUUGACGAGAUCGUACUCGUGGGUGGAUCUACCCGGAUUCCAAAAGUCCAGCAACUGAUCAAAGACUUCUUCGACGGAAAGGAGCCGAGUCGUGGCGUGAAUCCUGAUGAGGCAGUGGCAAACGGGGCGGCCAUCCAGGGCUGUAUUCUAAGCGGAGAUGGUUGCGGCAACGACUUGGUAGUACUAGAUGUCAACCCACUUACUCUGGGUAUUGAGACAGUCGGCGAUGUGAUGACCCCACUCAUACCACGAAACAAACCAGUCCCUAGUAAGAAAUCACAGAUAUUUUCUACCGCUACUGAUAAUCAGCCAGCUGUAACAAUUUCAAUAUUUGAAGGUGAGCGACCCAUGACGAAAGACAAUCAUUUAUUGGGAAAGUUUGAUCUCACUGGAAUUCCACCAGCCCCGAGAGGCGUACCCCAAAUAGAGGUCACGUUUGAAAUAGACGUUAACGGAAUAUUGAAGGUCACGGCAGAGGAUAAGGGAACUGGAACCAAGAACGAAAUUGUUAUUCAGAAUAACAAUGAUAGACUUUCCCCAGAGGACAUAGAACGAAUGGUAACAGAGGCAGAGAGGUUUUCUGAAGAGGACAAAAAAGUGAAGGAGAGAGUAGAAGCCAAGCAUGAACUUGAAAGCUACGCUUAUUCUUUAAAAAAUCAAAUUAGUGAUGGUGAUAAGCUCGGUGGUAAACUUAGUGAUGAAGACAAGUCAAAACUUGGAGAAGCCAUAGAGGAAUCAAUUAGAUGGCUCGAAAGUAAUUCUGAUGCUGACACCGAGGAAUUUAAAUCACAGAAAAAGGAUCUUGAGAAUAUAGUUCAUCCGGUAAUGAGUAAACUUUAUCAAAGUGAAGGAACCCCACCUUCACAGGAAGAAGACACGGAGCGCGGAGAGCUCUAG